AUGAACUGUAUUUUACGUUUCCGUAACGCUGGGCUACUUCAGAUCACGCUGAAUGAGGUGACAGGUGGACGUGUGACCUGUUCCAGUGCGGAAUAUUACAAUGAAAAGCUAGGGGAAUGUUGCGCAGUCUGCCAGACAGGAUUUGAGAAACGUAAUUUGUGCGUUAAAGACCCAAGUAAGGAUUGCAAGCAGCCAUGUCCUAAGGGAUAUUACAUCAACUGGGAAGAUCGUCCAGCUAGAUGUUGCUACUGCGCCAAUUGCAAGCAAGAUCCUGAUCUUAUAGAAGUACAACCUUGUUCCACCAGUUCCAACGCAAUUUGCCAUUGUCGACCUGGUUUCUACUGUAAAACCCCUUUAGAGAAUACGUGUGCGCGGUGCGUGUCCCACCAGAAAUGUUCGCCGGGAUUCAGGGUAAAGAAAGCAGGGAACGCAUUCAAUGACACAGUGUGUGAAGAGUGUCCACUAGGAUCAAAUUCCGAUGGUUCUGAAGGAUGUAAAUCUCACACAACUCGACUUCUCAAACCAACAAUGCAGAAUUUUGUACCAAAUGAAACGAGUAAACGUACACCCGGUCUCUAUUUAACUGCCCACAAACCCCUCACAACCCGGCCUCAACAUGUGACUGUCAGUCACUCAAUGGCAACAACUGAAUCUGACUCUAUGUCUUUGGUACCAACUGUUACGGCAGAUACUGGUACUUUGUUUCCGUGGUACAUCGUGGGGGGGAUUAUCUGUUUACUGAUCCUGGUAAUAAGUCUCAGAUUUGCUUGGAAGCAGAAUAUUUGGAAAAUGAAACCAUUGAUUUCAAAUCAGAAAGGUCUUCAGCUUUAUAAAUUCCCGUCUAAAAAAAACACCAAUCUGUUUAAGUACAGAGAGGAACAUAUGAAGGAUGGUUUGCUCUGCAGGGAGAAUACCGUCCCAGAGCCAGACGUUUUCGUGAAGAGAGAGACGGAAACGCAGAGUGACUGUGAGCGCCUUCUACGAGAUAAGCCGGAUGUUCACGACAGGGAUCACUUGACUAACAGAAUAGAAAAGAUCUACAUUAUGAAAGCUGACACAGUGCUUGUGGGAUCGAUCUCAGAAGUUCCAAACCGUCAGAUAACUGUAUCCAGUGAUUCUGAGAGUCAUUCAGCUCAAAUAACUGUAUCCAGCGAGUCUGAAAGUCAUUCAGAUCAAUGUAAAGAGAACACAAUGUUUGUGUCACAUUACCCCCAACAGGAAUCCGGCAAAGGUCCAGUAAAUGACCUCAUGCUUUCGAUUGAAGAGGAGGGAAAGACCAAAAAUGAUUCUUCGAGUCUGUGUGUGUGACAGUGGGCUAAUCCACCGUGAAAUGUUUGUCUUGGCAGUCUGCAGAUGAAUCAUCUGUGAGAUUUCAGUCUGACGUGACAGAGCUACUUGUUCAACAGGGAUUUAAUAAGGAUGCCAAGUGAUUGUAGUUACAUCAGGGGAAGUCAUAGAUGGACCUGAAUACAAAGGAUUCUGGGAAACAAACUCCCAACCUAUGACCAACAUCCCCUCUUGAAAGUGGUUAUGAAUGGGCCAGAAUGUUGGCAGCGCAGAUCAGUUUAAUCCUGUCAGGAGUACAUGCACUGCACGUUUGUAGGUCAACUGUCAUGUAUUCACAGGAAUUGUGAAGAUAAAUGGAUUUUGCAGUGUU